AUGGUUGAGCCCUGGCAGCCAUUUGGCAGUUCUGCCUGCCCCCCGCGCCACAAGCUGGCUGAGGCCUUGGGCUGUCCCCAGCACGGCUGUCAGUGGUGUCGGGCGGCAUCUAGAGCCAAGAGGCCUUUCUUCUUCUUUGUGCUGAAGGAAACUUUGUGCUGUCUGGAGCGAGCAGUGCCGCUUUUCUCCGCAUUCCGGGGCUGUCAUGGAUUGGGCUCUACAUACCUCAUGGAAGAGCUGCAGGGAGAAGAGCCUCUCCAAGCACCCAAGGGUUUUGCUUUGGAAAAGAAGGGAGACACAACGAUGGAGGGAGAGUCUACCAGAACAGAUGGAGAAGAAACUGCCACAACCGUGGGUUGCGGGGGGCCGAGAGAAUCCAGCUGCCAGCCGUGCCGGCUUUCCCAAGGCUGGCAGCGACUCUCAAGCAAGUGCCUAAAGCAGAGACAUCAUCAUCUGAAAAGGCCACUUGCAAGCUGCCCCCUCUGCAAGCAGCAGCCUCUGCAACUUCUGCCAGAGGAAGAGCAAAGGCAUUGGAUUGCAAAACAGUGUGUUAGUGAUUGCCUUCUGCUCUUGGCAGCUGGCACAGCUGCAGGUGUAGGGCAGCAGCAGGGCAUCAGAUGCUGUGGCAUCAGUGACACACCAUGA